UCCGAGACUGCACCACUUUCGUUAUUUCCGCCGUUCCAGUCUUAUCCGCAUUGCAGAUCCAAUUACCGACCACAUCUCCCCCCUGGGCGAGAUGCGUGUUCGAUGCCGUCUGUGGCUUGGAAUCUGAUUGGCUUGCAUUCGCUGGUGUCCGGCUGA